AAUGCUGUGCUGUUUUCUCAGGGCUUUCGAAAAACUGUGCCCGACAAAUGGGAAUUUGCUAACGAGAAUUUCGUACGAGGCCAAAAAGAGCUCCUCACGAAGAUCCGUCGCCGUAAGGCACUAACGUCAUCCCCGGCCGGUGGAAAAUCCCCCGCCGCAGCCGCCAUCGGCAGCCCUUCCUCGCCGUCGAAUUCCGGCGAGGACCUAGGGUCCACCUCCACCUCGUCCCCGGAUUCCAAGAACGCGGGGUCGGUGGAGGCUCCGGCGAGGGCCCAAUUCGCCGACUUGUCGGACGAGAACAAGAAACUGAAGAGAGACAACGAGAUGCUGACCUCGGAGCUCGCGCAGACGAAGAAGCAAUGCGACGAGCUCAUCUCUUUCCUCACCGAGUAUGUCAAGGUUGCCCCUGAUCAGAUCAAUCGCAUCAUGCUCACCUGUGAUGAAUUGAACGGUCAGAUCGAGACCACUGGUGAUGAUGAUGAUGACGACGAAAAUACUGAAGAGAAAAGCGGAGAGGGUUUGAAGCUCUUUGGGGUGUGGGUGAAUGGGAAUAAGAAAAAGAGGGGUCGCGAUGAAAAAUUGGGGUUUGGAGGGACCAAUCGCAAAGAAAUGAAAACUGUUGACUAUGAUGAUGCGCCGUGGAUGAAGAUCUCUACGGCCCCAGGGGAAACGGGCAAGGUCUGUAACUGACUAAUGCGCUUGUGACGCGUAAGCAACAAAGUGGGAGGUGCACUGGAGAAAUAAAUAACUGUUUAGUGCGGUGAUUAGUACAAGAUUAGAAUACUGUAAAUUAGAAAACAAACAGUGUUCGGCUGUAAGGUUGGCCUGUGAUGUUGAAGCAAUAAGGACAACUUUGGAAAAGUUUUCGAGGUUGGGUUGUGUAGGAAAGUUUAUGGUUGAUGAUAAUGACAGAGAUUGAGAUCAAAAGCAAAUGGGUGAGUCUCUCGUCUAUAUUUAGUUGCAUAUAGAUCAUACACAUGUAAAAAUUUCCUACUUUCUUCGUUGACUGAAACAAAAUGUUGUAAGAAAACACUUUAUAUGUGGAAUCUGUAUGCAAGUUUUUAUGUAUCUAUUUCUUCCCUUAAGCUUU